GACAGUCAAUAAUAGUCAACACUCAAAGUGUUGACUAUUGAUGUGUCAGUUGAUGUUAUUUUUUUUUUUAUGAAUUACUUAGUUUCAUUUCAUGAUUCUGAGAAAGAACUAGCGAAACCCUACCUCCGGUUUCCUCGGAGCGGCGAAUCCUGAAACCUUUCCUGUUCGCGGCCGAACGCCGUCAACCAUGGCUGACCUUGCGUCGGGGGCUCAUCCCCCGAGCGUCGGGCAGCAAAACCUCAGCUCCGGUACUCGGAGACCUCCACCGGUGACCUCCUCACCAAAUGCUAAAGGAGAAAAGGAAACCCAACAGCCCAAUAAGAGAGCGAAGCCCAUGUUCAACAACCCCCUCUUCGGAACAACAUCCAUGGAGGAAGAUACACUUGUCCAAGACAAAGAGCCGACGAACUCUCCGAAACAACACCCUCGUGAACCAGCCUGGUCUAGUGGCGUAGCGUAAGCUAUUUAGGAACCCAUCACCUGAUAACGAAUGGUAUGUCGCAGAAUCAGAUUCUGAGGACGUAGCCGAAGCUAUGUGUGAAGACGAUCAAGACGAUGAAGUGUCGGAAGAUGACCUGAAGUGCCCAACGAUUGCCUAUACGGCAAUGGAAAAACAACGCUGGAGGAGGGAAUGGCGCUCAGCUCUAAUUGUCAAAGUUUUGGGACGCUCGUUUCCCUUCCCGGUUAUGUCACGACGGCUUGAUACUCUCUGGGCGAAGACUGGAUUAAUUCAAAUAUCAAGCCUCUCCUAUGGUUUCUAUGCUGUACGCUUCACUAGUCAAGUGGACUGCGAGUUUGCUGAUGUGGUUGGCCCCUGGAUGAUGGGAAAUUACUAUAUUACUGUUCGUCCCUGGCAUAGAAAUUUCAAUCCAAAAAUGGCGGAAGUGUCAACGACGAUGGUCUGGGCACAACUGCCAGGGUUACCGAGAGAAUUUAUCAAUAAGGAGGUUGUAGAUCG